AUGUCGCUUCCGCUGCGGCUGGGCAAUGGCGAGCAGACUGCUCAUGAUCCCGGGCCCACCCAGCCUGCUAACGACACUCUAGAGGGAGUGUCAUCGAGUUCUCAUGAACCCGCUGAGGAUAGCACCUCGACAGAUGCUCCCCUCGAGCCUGUGCAGUCAUCAGAGCAAGAUGCGGGUCCUAACCAUGCUUUCGCUGAGGCUUUGAACCAGUAUGUCGCAACACUGCCCAAUGGUGUCAAACGUGCGUUCCAAGAACCCGUCAACCUGGAAGCAUUCGUCGCCGAGCUAGCGAAGUCCAACGAGACGCACACGCACCAAAGUCGUCUACGCCGAUUUCUGCAACGCGCCGAGAAGGUCAUGCGUUGUCUCGAUGGUUUUUUUGAAUCGGUUGUCAUUGCGAUCCAGCACGAUCCCCAUAUCUCGUCCCUCGUGGUUGGGGCGGUUCGUCUGACCCUCAGCUUGGGCCUCCGGUUUCAUGCCUACUUCGAAUCCAUAUCUUCCACCCUCGAAAUGAUCACGGACCAUCUGCCAUUUCUGCAGAGAUAUGCUAUAACACUGUUUCGGGACGUUCCUGAGGUGCGGCGCUUCCUUGUGCAAGCCUAUACCGACCUGCUCGAUAUCUGCUACCACGUUUGGACGGUCUUCCACGAUGAACUCUCGGGGAAGAUACGAACUGCAAUCUCCUUCACAAUUCUACGACGGACUGUCUGGAAUAAAGUGGACCAUGCUGCAAACGCUGCUAGGGCUCGUUUUGAACGGCACACGGAACUGAUUGUCCGUGAAGCACGCACAGUAAUGUAUGCAAAAGACAUCGAAUUUAUGGAUCGAAGUUAUCAGGAAAUGCUACUCUCCCAGCAACAACGCGACUACGAAGCAGAACAGCGGCGAAUCCAAAAGCGAAAAGAGGUCAUCCAAUGGUUAUCUGAUGAUGAUUACGCUUCCACUCAAGAGCACGUUUUGUCCAAUCGAUAUGAGCAAUCUGGAUCAUGGCUGCUUCAGCACAGUGAUUUUCAAACUUGGCUUCAAAGCGAACAAUCCACUCUUCUCUGGUGCCACGGGAAUCCAGGGGUGGGGAAGACGGUACUGGCCUCCAUCGUUUCUGACUACCUCCAGCAAGACCUCGGCGGUAGACCAGAUACCGCGUUCGCCCAUGUGUUUUGCAGCUAUCGCGAUCAGAAAGAACCUGGUUUCUUCAUCAGAUCGUAUCUACGUCAACUCGUCACGCAGCUCCCGUACCUACCAACCGGAGUUGAAGACCGGUACGAUGAACUGAGUCCGAACUGCAAGAACUUAUCUAUGAAAGACAUCGCAGUGCCCUCGAACAACACGAAGCCGGGCGAUGCGGCCAAUCUUCUGGCAUACCUGAUCGAAAAGUUUCGAAAGACGGUGCUGGUAUUUGACGCGCUGGACGAGUGUCCUGACAGGGGGCGAUGGCUUCUACCUCUGCUGCAGAAGCUGGUAGAACGAUAUUCAACGCUCAAAGCACCAACAGUCAAGAUCUUCAUCACGAGUCGAGUACAGCCCGACAUAUACAGAGCUUUCUCGGAAGUGCCGACAAUUGCGAUCGAAGCAACGAACGUUGACACUGAUAUUCGAGCCUACGUACACGGACAACUCGAACAACGAAUUGCAGAAGGAAGUCUUGUAGUGGAUGAGGCUGACUUGGUUGAUACGAUAUCGACAUCGCUGACGAGCCAGUCGAACGGGAUGUUCCUGUGGGUGAAGUAUCAGAUCGACUACGUCUGUAGUCAUAUCACCGACCGACAGAUACUGGACUCGCUCCAGAGCCUACCGGAAGAUCUGUACGCUCAUUACGACCGAGUCCUCCAAGCAAUAGAUCGGCAGCCAGAGAAGCUCCGUCAAAUCGCGAAAACCACAUUUUCCUGGCUCGCUGGGUCAUUUCGCAGACUGCAUCGAUAUGAAUUAGCUGAAGCGCUGGCCAUCCAUCCUGCCGCACGACAUUGGUCAGAUCUUGACAUCGUCAAGAAUACCGAUCGCAUUUUGCACGCCUGCCACAACCUACUGACCACUCUACCGGAUGGUUCUAUUACAUUCAUGCACUACUCCGUUCAAGAGUAUUUUCUGUCGCUCUACUUGACUCAGGCGAAAGAUCCUGCGUUGCAGACUUAUGCAAUUGAGCUGGAUUCUACCAAAAGCAUGAUUGCAAAGGCUUGCUUGACGUAUCUGGCGCUGGAGGGACUAUGCCUCCGAAAGUCGCCGCCGUCUGAUCUAGACGGGGCCUUUUCGUACUAUGCUGGAUCAUGGAUCACUCAGCACCUCUCUGCGUCCCAGGCCAUUGCGACAGAAAUGGAAUUGAUUAGCCUUGCCAUUCGCACUUUCAGCCGGCCUGGAAUUAUCAACCACAUCCAAGUGCUCGAGGCACAGCGCUCCGGCAUUGUGGACAGAGCUUGGGCACGCACGCCCCUGGAAUUCGCGGCAAAGGUGGGGUUUAAGGCAGUGGUCAGUGAAAUCCUUCAGCGCUAUCCAAUGGUGUCCCAGGAUGAGAAGGAGAAGGCUCUCAGAGUGGCGCAUGGUCGGGGCCAUGAGGAGGUUGAGACACUUCUGAUCUACGAGGGCGUCCACCUCGGCGUCACAAGUCCUCGCAUGCGGAGGCACUGA